AUGGAGAAGUAUCAUAUUGGUGAUAGAUUGCAGAUAGGUGAUGAUAUUUGUACUGUUAGAUAUAUUGGCAGGAUCAAUGUGUGGCAAAAUGAGCUGGCAUUUGGUGUUGAGUGGGAUGACCCAAAAAGAGGGAAACAUUCAGGUACUUUAAAUGGACAUAAGUAUUUUGAAACAGUUAAACAGAAUACUGGGUCUUUUAUUAAGCUAUCCAAAGUGGAAAGAGCAGUACGUAGGGGAUUUAUUGAAGCUGUUCGUGAUAUAUAUGGAACACCAACAGAUGUCGAUUACUCGCUUCGAAUAAACUCUAAGAAUAUCGAAUACGUAGGAUUCGAUGUAUUGAAUAGUAGAAAUAAAGAGAUCAACUCCUUGGAAACUAUUUCCUUAGAAAGGAAGUCAAUAUUCUGUCUGACCACUCAAAAAGAUGAUAUUCCCACUAUGUCAAAUCAUUUUAAAAAUUUGAAAAACCUAAAUAUAUCCAAUAAUCUUAUUUCUGAAUUUGGAAAUGUUUUACAGUUGUUAGAAAUUAUGCCAAAUCUGUCAACAUUGAACAUAAGUGGGAAUAGAUUUAUACCCUAUGAGACGAAACCUUAUGAGAUGAAAACAUUUGACAAUGUGAGGCACCUUUCGUUAUCAUAUUGUGAGAUAUCUAUCGUAUGUCUUAAGUGUAUUCUUGAAUACUUUCCAUCCUUGGAGUCUCUCGAUUUAGGAGGUAACGACUUGUCAGAAUUGAUAAGCGUAACUUUGCCACUGCCAAAAUACCUGAAACACUUAUCACUUUCCAAUGCAUGUUUGGAGGAACUACCAGUAGGGCUGAAUAGUUGGAAAUUAGAUUAUUUGAACCUGUCACACAAUGCCAUAAAAUCUGUGGUGUCUGGUCUUGAUGAAGAAGAUAGUCGAGAAUUCUCGUUAACACAACUGGAUUUAUCCCACAAUGAAAUCAACAAAUGGGAGUCUAUUGAUGAAAUAAAUGAAACUUUUCUGAAACUGAAAUCGCUCCGAAUUAAUAACAAUCCUGUCUUAUCAAGGAAUAUCUCAGAAGUCAAUCAAUUAGAAACUGACAAACAGAUGUUUUUAAAUGUGCUAGCUAGGUUUAAUAACCUGGAUAUCCUGGAUGGCUCCCACUUGACUGAAGAGAUAAAGGAAGAAGCGGAGUUGUAUUUAUUAUCUGUCAUUCUUUCAAAUACUGUGAGAUUAACGAAAGAUAAAUCCAGAUGGUCGUAUUUUAGAGAUAAAUAUGGGAUAUCUGAGAUGUCAGAUAGGAAUUUACCACAAGAAUAUAUGGAAAAUAGUUUAUUAGUUGAUCUGGAGGUUUUGAAGUUGCAUGCACAUUACAAUUAUAAAAAUAUGCAUUUUAGAAUUGAUCUUCUACCCAAUAGUACAGUUCGUUACAUGAAAAGUAUCAUUAGUAGACAUAUAGAUGUACCUAUUCUCCAAAUCAAAGUAUUAUAUGAACCUACGAAUGAAGCUGAAACUAUGGCGGAAAUCACACGUAACUUUUCGCUGAUCAGUGAUUUAGGUUUAACAAGCGGCUCUAACAUCUAUGUUAUGCACAAAUAA